UCUACUUUCCACGGCUGUCAAGAGACAGCAAAGCUGACAUUGUUUUUUAAAAAUGAAAACGCCCUUUUUGUUAAAAGAAUGAAACUAGAAAACUUGCCUAAAACUGCAACUGCAGGUAACAUAUUUAAGCCAAUAGAGCGCCAGGAUAUACUGAGGUUAGCACCUCAAAGAAGUUCCAGUAAGAGUUCGACAAGUUCAACUUCGAGUUUGAGAUAUGUUCCGAAAAAGAAAAAGCCAUCCCCUCUUCCAGAUAGGAAAGGGUUUACCAAACAUGACAGCGAUGCAUCGGAUUCUAGUGAUGAAGAUGUUUUGUCAUCAUCCAUAGGUAAACUGAAGGAAUUGGCGAAUUUGCCACCUGAAGAUUCCUUCUUGAGAAGGCAUGAAUUGUACGUCACGGAUAUCGAAGAUUCUACUGAUGUUAUUUUUGCCAUUUCUCCAACAAUUCGAGCAAUAUAUGAAGGCGAUGAAUAUGAAAAGUUUAUGGAAAGGUUGGAUGCUAGGAUCAAGAAUCAUGACAGGGAUAUUGAGCGAAUGUGUAAUUUUCACUAUCAAGGUUUCAUUGACUCCAUUCGAGAAUUACUUCAAGUGAGAACUAAAGCCCAAAAAUUAAAGAAUGAAGUUGAGCUGACAAAUGAAGAUUUACAGCAAAGUGCUAAAAAAGUAAUUCAAAAAGCUGAGGAACUGGUUAAACAUAGGAGGAUUCAAUAUAAUAUAUCAUGUGCUAUAAAUAAUUUGAAUUUAUGUCAACCUGUAUUGGAAAUGUAUUUCAAGUUAUUGCGUCAAAUGAAAGAAAAGAAGUAUUAUCCAGCUUUAAAAAGUUUAGAACAGUUAGAACAUACUUAUUUGCCUCGAAUUAGUCGUUACAGAUUUGCCCAAACAAUGAAAUCUACUAUUCCUGUACAUAGAGAAAAAAUCAAAGAAGCUUCUAAAUCUGAUUUGAAUGACUUUUUGGAAAAUGUUAGAAGAAUUUCACCAAUGAUUGGUGAAAAGGCUAUGAAACACCAAUCGGAACAAAGUACAGUUGAUGUUGACUUUAAAUGGAAGAAUAAGAAGAGAAAAGCUCCACCGCCACCUAAUCCUUUCACUGGUGAAAUUGAGCAGUUUCCUGAUGAAUCUUCAUUAGAUGAUGGAGACGAUUUGAGUGCUCAAGAUAUGAUAGAUUUUUCUCCUGUAUAUCGAUGCCUACAUAUUCAUACUGUUUUGGGUGAAAGGGAAGCAUUUGAACAAUAUUAUAGAAAUCAAAGAAAACAACAAGCAAAAUUAGCAUUGCAGCCAUCAACAAAUAUGAGUGAGACUAUUGAUGGUUAUAGAACUUACUUUUUUGGUAUUGUUGGAUUUUUUGUUGUUGAAGACCAUGUAUUGAAUACAGGGAAUGGCCUUGUAAAUAGAGCAUAUUUAGAUGAAGUGUGGUCCAAUGCACUUUCUAAAAUAGUUGCAUCUUUGCGGACACCUUCUGAUUGCUCAACCGACACAUCUUUGAUGCUGCAGUUAAAGUAUUUGAUAAUGCUAUUUAGUUAUACACUUAGAAGCUACGGUUAUCCUGUAAAUCAGUUGUUUGAUUUGCUAUUGGAAAUAAGGGAUCAGUACAAUGAAAUACUCAUGAGAAAAUGGAACAAGAUAUUUAGAAAAAUAUUUGAUUCUGAUAAUUAUCAUCCAAUUGAAGUAGAAAAUCAAAAUGAGUAUGAUGCUGUCAUCAGUAGGUUUCCAUAUCAUGAUGAAGAAUUGAUGCUUGCUGCUUUUCCUAAAAAAUUCCCAUUCUCACAGUUUGUUCCUGAAGUUUAUGAUCAAGUUAAAGAAUUUAUUACUGCUUGUUUGAAAUUUUCACAAGACUUGAAUCUCAGCAUUACAGAAGUUCAAGAUAGUGUUCGCAAAUCUACUAAUCUCUUACUGACAACCACUCUUAGUGGCUGUUUGUCCAAUUUAAUAAAGAAUUCAAAUCUAGGACUUCUGCAGCUGAUACAAAUCACUAUCAAUACCAAUCACCUUGAGAAAGCUAGUGCAUAUCUUGAGGACUACAUUUCUAAUGUUACUGGGUCAGUUACUAAUUCUUUCCAUGUGGCAAAACUUCAAAGUUGUUCUAUGUUUAAGGAUGCUCGUGCUGAUGCUGAAUCUCAAAUCUAUGAAAGGUUGAAUGAAAAAAUAGAUGAAUUCUUAGAAUUAGCUAAUUAUGAUUGGUUAUUGAGUGAACCAGAGGGUCAAGCAAGCAGUUAUUUGUCUGAUUUGAUAGCAUUUUUGAAAAGCACAUUUGAGGCUUUUACAAAUCUUCCUGCUAAAGUUGCUCAGACUGCUUGCAUGUCAUCUUGUAAACAUAUAGCAAAUGCUCUCAUGGGUUUUCUGCUAGACAAAGAAGUAAAACAUAUAUCCAUAGGAGCUUUGCAACAAUUCAAUUUAGAUGUAAUGCAAUGUGAAUUGUUUGCCAAUUGUGUCCCAGUUCAAGACUUUGAAGAAGGAAUCUUACUUAUGUGUUUUUCUGAGCUAAGACAGUUACUAGAUCUCUUUACUGAUUGGGAUUGGUCUAAUUAUUUCCGUGAAUAUGGACAAGAAAACAGCAAAUAUUUAAGGGUCAAUCCACAAACAGCAAUAAUAAUUUUAGAAAAAAUCCGGGAAGCAGAUAAAAAGAAGAAUAUAUUUUCAGCUUUAAAGAAAAAUGAAAGAGAUAAAAAGAAGCUUUUAGAAACUGUACUAAAACAGCUGCGGCAAUUGACAACAAAUGGUGUAUCAUAGUAAUUUAUAUUUCAAUUUUUUCUUUUUUUACAAAGGUUAAUUCCCUUCUUUCCUUUGCUUUUUUUAAAGUUGUAAAUAGGCUUAGUAUAAUUAAAAUUUUUCUGGAUAUUCUUUAUUAUUUGUUAAAUUUACUUCUUAAUUACUGAAAUUGAAGGAAAAAAAUUGUUUGAAGCAGUUUUUAUUUACAUUUGUUUGUAUAUAGAAUACUUGUUCUCUUUACUCUUCAUUUUACCUUUUAAUAUUCUAUGAAAUCUUUACAAUUUAAAAAUGAUAUUUGUACCAUUUUAGCUAAUAUGGGAAUUUAUUGGUCUAUUUUAUUAGUACUUUUCAGUGUUCAACUAAAUUGAGGUUUCCAACAGUACUACAAUGAUUAUUAAAUGUUUAUUUUACUAAUAUUUUUAAAUAUAUAUAUAAUUUUUGAAAAUUAAAAAAAAUAAACUUAUAUUACUUAAUUUUUUCAUUACAAGCAUAAGGCAUACAAUCCCAAUUAAGAUCUAUUAAGUUUCCUUUACUUUUAACUAAUUGCUACAUAAUAAUGUUGAAUUUUUCUUUUUGGUAAAGUAUUCAUUUAUUUAUAAAAAUAAACAACUAUAUCCAUGAAAUAUUGAUUUUAGUAAAUUUAGCAUUGUGAAAUAAGUUUUUCAAUUAUCUUAUAUUUCAUAUGUUCUGAUAUUAAAAGUGAGAUUAAUACUGUAGUUCUGGAUUUAACUGCAGUAUAGAGUUGGUGCUAUGAAUUUUUUUCCCCUUGUUGUCUCAUGGACUAAAAUAUAGUGAGAGCUCUCUACUUUUUUAUUGCAAGCUUUUGCUUAGCAAAUAUGCUCUGAAGUGAAAGAAAAUAAAUCUUAUAAAAUGCUGAGUUAGAAUCAGCUUUUGUGAUGGUUCUGGUCAUUGUUCAUACUAUUUGAUAUUUGUGAACAGUGUUGCAUUUUAUUUUUGCUUACAUUGUCUACUUAUGUUUUUUUUUUAAUUUAUGAAAUAGAAAUUACCCUUCCCAAAGAUAAUAAAAGUUAUGAAAUAUGUAUAAUAUUAUUUGAAAUGAAUAUGCAUUGUAAAUAUUUGUAUGUAGAAUCAUUUUUUAUUUGCAAAUAUUGUAAGUAAGCAUAAUGUGAUUGUAUAUAUUUAUCACUGCCAUCAGACUUAUAAUUGGUUAGAUAUUUAAAAAGAGUUACAAGCAUCUGAUAAAAUUUGCAAGUUGUUUGUUGAUUAUCAAUAUUUCAUGACAGAGGAACAUAGUUUUCACAUAAAUUAUGUUAUAUUGAGAAAAUUAUGCUUUUUCAAUUUCGUAGAUUUCUUGAAUAAACUUCAUAUCUUUGCUUUAAGAUUUGUAAUUUGUUAUUAAUUAAAGGAUGUUAUUUAUACA